GAGGGUAUGAAGGCUGGUGUUGGGAUUUUGUCCUUGCUAAGAGUGCCUGGGAAAAACAAGUGUCUUGAGAGACGGUGGCCUCCUACGAUCUUAUCAGUUGCCAUAGACCGUGCUGCUGGGAAACCACGAAUAUCCACGACAUACUUGGAAACGUAACCCUCAUCCUACAUUCGAGAGACAACAUGCAUAAACUUUUACCCUGAAAUUAAGGCAAAGGUCCAUAUCUACAUUCUGAACGUGUAUCUGAUGACUUCGGGCAUAUGUUUGUGUGCAAGAGGUCCCCUAGUAUAUUCCUUAUCAGUGUCACGACAAAUUUGAGAGUCCGCAAGUCUGUUCUUCUGAUAAGCUGAUAAACCCUCUAGCUUGUCGAUGCACACUGACCCAUAUGGCAUAGGCGCGACCACCUCUUCGGCAAUAGGACACACUGUGAGAGGAACCAGGAAGAACUGCAAUCAUGUGCUGUAUUCCUUGCUGCUGCUGCAAAUGUUGCUGCGACCCUCAUAAGCUCACCUACAUAUCUGCGAUCAUCACAGGCGUGGAGGCGGGCGUGUUCGCUAUCCUGAACAUCGUCCUCCUGAGCAUGCACUCAUGCACGACGGAGCCUCCUGAGAAGCUGGGCGGAGGACUCGACAAGUUCUGGGACUGGUACUUCUACGACGAGCAGGAAUGCCAACUCCACCACGACAACUACACAGCUCCGUCCUGGAUCAACGAAACCCAGUACCCUCUUGACUCGAGGCCGAGGACGACCGUAGAGGAGAAUGUCAAGUACCAGAUCACGUACCUAAUCCUUCACUCGGCAUGGCUGUUGUCUUGUCUUCUGCUAAUCUACGGUAAUGCGAGGAAGCUGUGGGGAUACUACUUGCCUUGGAUCCUCAUCACCCUCGCUCUCCUCAUCAUGGACGUCGUGGUCGCCUCUUUCUUCAUGCACGAUCUCUCGCAAAUUCCGUUCGGGUUCAAGAGCAGCAGCGCCAUGAUCUGGGCCUUCAGCAUGUACCUCCGCGGCUACGUCAUCUGGCUCAUCAACCUGGUGGAGUUUGGCACAGGGCUGAAUGCUUUCUCCAAGACGUAUCGUAAACGCACGAAAGAGGCCAGGAAGAUGAAGAAAGCGAGGAGCGACAUGGUGAUCAUCAUUAACAGGAACUGAGAUGCUUACAAGGAAAACGGAAGGAUGGCUGCGUCUUAUUGUGCAAUAAAGGAUCGCUGUUUCUCUGCUUGCAUGUCUGUCUGCGUCCCUCUCUCUGUCUAUGCUUAUGUAUCUGUCAGUCUGUCUAACGCACGCAAGCACACACACACACACACACACACACACACACACACACACACACACACACACACACACACACACACACACACACACACACACACACACACACACACACAAGCAAACGAAUGCAAAUACAUAGAGAAUACCCACAUAUAUGUAUACCAUAUUAUGCUUUGAUGUGUAUAAAUAUGUUUUUGAGUUCUAUACAAAAGGAACUUCCAUAUGAAGCCCCGAAUAUUGGUGGAUUAUUAUCAGUUCUAAGAUAACUCUUAUCAAAGGCAGUAACUAGUAUGAUUAUACCGAGAGUUCAUGUAGGUCUUAGAUAACAUGACAUAAGAUGAUGGUUGGUGAAGUGUAUUUACAAUCCUAUUGGUGGCGAGUUUUUGUAUCACAAAGUAAAUAAAGCAAUUAAAUGAUAAA